AUGAAUGCACUACGCUCCCUCAAAGAUCGCAUCUCAUCACGACUGCGGCGAAUCGUGUGCCUGAGUCCACCUCCACCCUCGGUGCAAGUCCAAGCCAGACGAAUCUCGACCUUGGAGAGGUUGCCAGUCGAACUUCUGCUGUGUAUCGUCUCCUUUUUGCCAACGAGCUCUGUUGCCUGUCUAAGCCUGACCUCGAAAUGGCACCACGAAGCCCUCUUGAACCAAUUUGAUCCAAAAUGGCGAGACGACGAUACAGAAAAAGCACGCUUCCUCCGGCUUCUCGAGGAGGACGUACCGGAGAUGAUGGUAUGCUGCUUCUGCAAUAUUCUGUACCGUUGGAAGAAAUCAUCGCGGUAUCUGCCGUAUCGGUGUCCUAACUGUUAUGAUUAUAAACGCCAUGACUAUACGUCCACGCGUGACGCACCUUGGUGCUAUAUCCAUAAACCCUAUAUCAUUGGACCCUUCCUGAUAUAUCGUAAUAUGGUCGACGCCUUCCUGAGAGGAUUCGCCAAAGGCCCGCGAUACGGUCCGCAGCUCGAAGAACUAAAUCACACUUCGAAGCCGGAGGUCGUUGCGCCUUUUCUCGAGGGCGUGUGUAUCAACAAGACGAUUGACGCUCGCGUUGUCAAAGGGAAGCUUUUACUUCACAGUAUUCAUACGCUAUCGGUAUCAUUACUAGCUCAACCAUCGAGCCCUCUGACUUCACGACUCGACCUGAGUCAAUUUGUCUCUGAUAGACUUUUACCUGCACUUUAUAAAUUCGAUCACGAAGCCCGCUGUAGUCAUACUAUGAACAGAGUGGGUGCGGCCAUUUUAUAUGCUGGCCGGCUCCGGCUAGGCUAUUACGGCGAUCGGACGAGAAGCCUGGAUCUGUUGAGCUGUGGACGCUGCGCCACCGACCUGCGAGUCCGGGUGGAACUGGACGGCGGCGGUACGCACGUCCAAAUUGAAGUCGAGACAUGGCAGUCUCUUGGAGGUCGGGACUCUGACAACAGGGACAAGGCAGAGGAUGCACAUUUCUCUUACCCACGUUUGUCUGAUGAGUCCUUUGAUAUCAAUCAUCCUCCUGUUCGCAACCUGGAGAAAUUUCAAAGGAGAAGUUGAAGGAGAGUGCGUAGGGUCGUGGUCCCCGAAUCCGCCUCGAACCCGCUGGAGCUGGCUCCAGUUGUGGGAGUGGUACUAUGACCGAACUAUGGGUGAAUUGCGCAGAUACGGUGUCCCCUGCAAUGAUGACAGGAUGCCAGCUGAUAUUCAAAACCAGGCGCUGCCCUUGCAAUGGUGA